AUGGAUCAACCGCUCCCAUCAACAACAACAACACUAUCACCACUACCAAUCCCACCGCCAGAACCGAUCAUCACUUCGACCGAAGGAUUAUUCUUCCUUCUAAUUCUUCUCCUCAUUUUCUCAUGUUCUUGUUAUGUUUGUUUCCGUCGUGAGUUGGCGAAGUGGAAGGCUGACAAUGAGAAUGUCAACUCGGCGCCACCGCCACCGCCGCCUGAGGACGAUGACCUUCUUCUCAUUGUUUAG